AUGACCAUAGACACAGCGGUAGUUGUUCCUACACCUAAAGAUGCAGCAGAGACGGAUGAAGUUGAAAAAGAACCAAAGGUAGUGAGUCCAGAACUGAAUAAGCCUGGUACUAGUUCACAACCUACCAUGAGUGAGCGGCAAUCGAAAAAUUUUGAACAAUUGUUAGAUGAUGUCAGAUGUCCACUUUAUCCUGGUUGCGAAAAAUUCUCUAAGCUUUCAUUUAUAGUUAAGCUACUCCAUAUCAAAACUAUUGGUGGGUGGACUAUCAAGUCAUUUAACAUGGUUUUACAGUUGUUAAAAUCAGCUUUCCCAGACAUUCAGUUGCCAAACUCAUACCAUGAGGCUCAAUGCUUAGAGCAUGGGUUGGGUUUUAGUUAUGUGAAGAUAAACGCUUGCCCAAAUGACUGCAUGCUAUUUUGGAAAGAUGAUGUUGAUAAAGAAAGUUGUUCUAAAUGCAACGAGUCAAGAUGGGUGUCCAGUAGAAGAAAAAAGGGGAGGAUUCCCCAAAAGGUAUUGCGAUACUUCCCUCUGAAACCUCGACAAUUUGAUAAAGACUACACCCAUUUUGCAGAAGAUGCUCGGAAUGUGAGAUUGGGGCUAGCCAGUGAUGGAUUCAAUCCAUUCAACAAUAUGAGUAAACCUUAUAGCAUUUGGCCUGUGAUACUCGUGCUAUACAACUUGCCUCCUUGGUUGUGCAUGAAAGAUCCGUACUUAAUACUCUCCUUACUCAUACCUGGGCCCAAAGCACUGGGAAACGACAUAGAUGUUUAUUUGCAACCUAUAGGGAAUGGCUUAAAAGAAUUAUGGGAGGAUGGCAUAGAUACCUAUGAUGCAUCAAAGCGUGAAAAUUUCCAGUUAUAUGCUGCACUAUUAUGGACAAUUAAUGAUUUUCCCGCAUAUGCCAAUCUUUCUGGGUGGAGCACAAAAGGAAAGAUGGCUUGCCCAUUAUGCAAUGUAGACACAGAUUCAAAGUGGUUGAAACAUGGGAGGAAGCAUUGUUAUAUAGGUCAUCAUCACUUCUUGCCAUCCAUGCAUGCUUGGAGAGAGAAAAAGGCUGCAUUCAAUGGAUGUGAGGAUCAUCGCUUGCCACCUCCAGAUCUAGUAGGAUAUGAUGUACUCCAUCAACUAGAGCAGAUUGGUAACAUUGAAUUUGGCAAAGGCUCUCAAAAGAGAAAACGCACACCAUCUGAAUUGAACUGGACAAAACAAAGUAUAUUCUUCCAUUUACCUUACUGGUCCAUGUUACCAUUAAGACAUAAUCUUGAUGUCAUGCACAUUGAAGAAAAUAUUUGCGACAAUGUCUUAGGAACAGUGAUGGAUAUUGAAGGAAAAACCAAAGAUACAGCUAAUGCAUGUAGGGAUUUGAUGGAGCUUGGGUUAAGGAAGGAAUUACAUUUACAACCUUCGGCAAAUGGGUACUCCAUGGUGCUUGGCUCCUACACAUUGGAUAUCGAUCAGAUGAGACAUUUCUGUGAAUGGCUUGCAUCUAUUAAAUUUCCCGAUGGUUUUGCCUCGAACAUCUCUAGAUGUGUUUCAGUUGCUGAUGGAAAGAUAUCAGGAAUGAAAAGUCAUGACUGUCAUGUGUUCAUGCAAAGAUUACUUCCGGUUGCAAUUGGGGGGUUUUUACGAUCUGAUAUUCGUCUUGCAUUGAUCUAG